AAGUAUUUAAAAGAGUUAACGCAAAUGAACAUAAUUCUUGGCACACAUUAAGUCUGUAUUUUAUUAAGAAUCUUGAUACUAUAAGUUGUGGAGGUCUGUCGAUAUUGUUGUAUUAAACACCAAACAAAAAGGAAUUUGCAAAUCAUUAGUCGUACAAACUGUUAAUUAAGGAAGCAAUCCCUGUUACAAAUUUCAAACAGCAUCAUCAUGGAGCAAAUGGACGUCGAUGUAGACACAACGGCAAAGCCGAGUACUUCAUCUACAGCGGCAGCAGCAGCAGCGGCUGCGGCGGCAGGUGAUUCAGCCGGCAGCAAACAACAGCAACCAAAGGGAAACAUUAUGGCUGCGACAGGAACAGUGGCGUCGGUAACAAUUUCAUUGCAUCCACUGGUUAUAAUGAACAUAUCGGAGCAUUGGACACGCUUCCGGGCACAACAUGGCGAGCCGCGUCAAGUUUAUGGCGCACUUAUUGGCAAACAAAAGGGCCGCAAUAUUGAGGUGAUGAAUUCGUUUGAGCUCAAAACUGAUGAAAUUGCGGAUGAAACGAUUAUCAACAAAGACUAUUACAACAAAAAGGAGCAGCAAUAUAAGCAGGUGUUUAGCGAUCUUGACUUCAUUGGCUGGUAUACAACCGGCGACAUUCCAUCUGCGAGUGACAUUAAGAUCCAGAAACAAAUAGCCGAGAUUAACGAGUGUCCCAUCAUGCUUCAACUUAAUCCAUUGGCCCGCAGUGUGGAUCAGUUGCCGGUGAAACUAUUCGAAUCUCUCAUUGACUUGGUCGAUGGCGAGGCAACCAUGUUAUUUGUACCACUAACAUACACACUGGCCACCGAGGAGGCUGAACGCAUUGGCGUCGAUCAUGUGGCACGCAUGACCACCAAUGAGUCGGGCGAGAAGAGUGUGGUGGCCGAACAUUUGGUGGCGCAGGAUAGUGCUAUUAAAAUGCUUAAUACCCGCAUCAAAAUCGUCUUGCAGUACAUUAAAGAUGUGGAGGCGGGCAAGCUUAAGGCAAACCAGGAGAUAUUGCGAGAGGCGUAUGCACUGUGUCAUCGGCUGCCCAUAAUGCAGGUGCCUGCGUUCCAGGAGGAGCUAUACACGCAGUGUAAUGAUGUCGGACUCAUCAGCUAUUUGGGAACGCUCACCAAGGGCUGCAAUGACAUGCAUCAGUUUGUAAACAAAUUCAAUAUGCUCUACGACCGUCAAGGAUCAUCGCGUCGCAUGCGUGGCCUCUAUCCCUAAGUGUUGCAAUGGAUAGAUAUUUAUUUUCUAUAUAUGUAUAUGUUCAAUAUUCGAUUGCUGCUGCCUAUUAAAUGAGUAACUCUACAUUGGCAA